CCUGGCUACCUUCUUAAUUUUUAAGACAUGUUUUUUCAAGCCAGGCGUGAUGGUGCACAUCUGUAGUUCCAACUAGUUAGGAGGCUGAGACAAGAGGACCACUUGAGCCCAAGGAGUUUGAGACCAGCCUGGGCAACCUAGAGACUCUUUUAUAGAACAAAACAGAACUUGGAAGGCUAAGACUGAUCACCGUUCUUGGGUAAAAGGUUAGCAAGAGCCCAUUUCAACCAAUAGCUGGACUCGGUGGUGCAUGCCUUUCAUCCCAGUUAUGGUGGGAAGGGUGAAACAGGAGGCUCACAGUCCAGGCCCGUCUGGGUAUUAAGCUGGACCCCAUCUUCAAAAUAACCAGAGCAAAAAGGGCUGGAGGCGUGGCUCAAAGGGUAGUUUUGAGCAUCUGGGGGUCUUAAGGAUUUCCUGCAGGCGUGCCUAUUUCUCCUACACGAGCAUCUGUCUUCUAAGAUGAGUCGUCUCGUGACGACUCAGUUCACAUUCACUUUCAAACAGAGUGCUGAUCACAGCACCAAACUGACACAGGGAAGACAUUUUAAUAAAUAGGAAUGUUGUCGGUUGGGAUUUACUGAGAUCCUGAAUAAAAGGAGCAUGCAAAAGUGUGCUAAUAAAACCAUUAAGUACGAAUAUUUUUGUAUUUUGCAGGACAGUUCAGCUUAAAAAUCGCUUUUAUGUAACAGAGGUCGUUUGAUUAUUACACAUAUGCGCUGACAACGUUCAAUCUUGUUUAAAAACAGGCAUUCGUUUGGGCCGCAUUAGCUCGUUUUAUUUAAAGCCUUUGUUUCUCCUUAUUGGGGAUCGAACCCCCAAAGCUCUUUUUAUAUAACAAGAAAAUACUCUAGCGCAGUGAGCUUAUCUAUAAAGGAACCAAAAUCAACGGGAUCUUAAGGCUACCAAGUUGCAGAAGCCAGGACUCAAACGACUUCCCCGGUGACUUCCAGCCGAGGUCGCGUCCAGUCUGGAGGUGCGCGACCCCGGGCUGAGGCGGGCGCCCCAUUGUUGCUCGGAGAACCUCACUUUGCAUCCGAAACUGCAGCCGGCUCUCUGCGGCGUUUGCGCGCGUUUUGCACCCGGCUCUCUGCGGCGUUUGCGCGCAGUUUGCACCCGGCUCUCUGCGGCGUUUGCGCGCGUUUUGCACCCGGCUCUCUGCGGCGAUGCCCGCCUGCGUCCCACGCAGUUCGGGCCGCAGCGGCUAAGGCACCGCCACCCAACGCGCCACGUCGUCCCGGGGAAGGGGCGGCGUGUACUGUCACCAAAUCAGUCACCCACGGGGACAGGGGGGCUUUGCAAUCCCAUUCAACGGUCCUCCUGCCCUCCCCACACCCCCGCCACCCGGGCCGCCCGCGAGGGUCCCCGCCGCGCCCGUGCGCACCCCGCCGGCGUCUCCCGGGCGACGGCCGCGCCAACAUGGCGGAGGAGAAAGACCGAGAAGGUGCAGAAGUAACAGUGGCAGAAUUUCACAGGAAAAUCAAAGAGGCGUUUGAAGUGUUUGACCAUGAGUCGAAUGACACCGUGGAUGUGAGAGAGAUUGGGACAAUCAUCAGGUCGUUGGGGUGCUGCCCCAGUGAAGGGGAGCUGCACGAUCUGAUUGCUGAGGUAGAGGAAGAAGAGCCCACUGGAUACAUUCGAUUUGAAAAAUUUCUUCCAGUUAUGACCAAGGUACUUCUGGAAAGAAGAUACAGACCAAUUCCAGAAGACGUCCUUCUUCGAGCUUUCGAGGUUUUAGAUACUGCUAAGCGUGGCUAUCUUACCAGAGAAGAACUCGUCAAGCUUAUGACCGAAGAAGAAGGUGCUGUUCAGAGUGGCAGGUGUCUUAGGCUCGAGGCCGGGACCCCUCAGGCCUCAGGGACUGGGCUGCAUGCGUCAGGCUCUCCCCAGGACGCUAAGAUGGUCUGCAUUUUGGUCUGAAGUUGGGACGACGUUCUGCCUGAAGAGUCACAGUCUUCUCAGCCUCCUUCCUGGGCUGCUCACCUCGGUGAAGCCAGUUUCCAGAUGGCUCCCAGCCGCUGUCUGAGUCCAACGAAAGCCACAGUCUUUCCGUCCAACGUUUGGUUUCAGCGGACACCAACCCUGGGCCAAACUCUAAAACUGUCCCUUCACUGUGUGGCGGGAACUGGCGAGGGAACACAGGGGUCACUAUUGCAAGUAUCAUGCAAACGUUUAAUCACCUCUUCAUACUUUACCGAACAUAAUAAUAGACUGCUAAUUUCAGUCAUUGUUGCUUAAAUGAAUAAACGACUUUGUCCCCGAUUCUUUGUGUCCCCGUCACCUUGGCUGGGGUGAUCGACUGCAUGUGGCUUGGUGUACAGCUGCAGAGUGGAAUAAGUCCCCAGCCUGCUGGGGCGUGGGGUGUGCAACAGUAUGCUUUACGAGCCUGGCAGUCACCAUGGGCUAGCCUGCAGGUCCAGGGAGAAAAGCAGUGACGCAGUGGGGCCGGUGAGACUCCAGGGCUGCUCGGCUGGUGAGUGGGAAGAAAGGAAAACCCGAGCGGAGUGUAAAUGGCUGCUUCC